AUGAAGAUGUUGCUUUUCCUGUGUCUUUUACUUGUUGGAAUCCAUUCCAACAGUUAUUGCUAUGAGCUUUAUCAACAAGGGGUAAGAAACCAGAAUCAAAGAGUGCAAGAAAACCGAAACAUGCCAUGGCAGAGUGUAAGGAACAGUGUUUGUCAAUUUGCAUGUUGUUUCUACAAAGAGAUUUCUUCUCGUGAAAACAAUGGGAAUGUUUUCUUCUCUCCUUUGAGCAUCUCUACCGCCUUUGCAAUGCUGACUCUGGGUGCCAGGUCAGACACCCUGACACAGAUCCUUAGGGUCCUUUGCUUUAACCCUCGUCAGAUUUCUGAAAAUGACAUACAUGAAGGUUAUCGUCAACUCAUGCAAAUGGUAAACAGAAGGAAUGGGGGGUUACAGCUGAAUAUGGGAAAUGUUCUGUUUGUGCUUGAUCAACUGAAGCCACAAGAAAAAUUUUUAAAUAAUCUCAGAAACUUCUAUGAAGGAGAAGCUUAUCCUAUGAACUUCAAGAAGGCUGAUCAAGCGCAGCUAAAGAUCAAUGAAUAUGUAGCAAGAAGAACAAAUGGGAAAAUCAAGGACCUCAUAAAUAACCUAGAUCCACUCACUGAAAUUCUCCUUAUUAGCUAUAUUUAUUUUAACGCUGAAUGGGAAAAGCCUUUUGAUCCAAAGUACACUAAAAUGAGCAAAUUUUUUGUGGAUGGGAACCAGGCUGUUGAAGUCCCAAUGAUGUUUGGAAUGGGCCUAUUCAAGCAUGGCUAUGAUGAGCAGCUGUCUUCCACUAUUGUGCAAAUGGAUUACAAAGGAGGUGCUUCAGCAUUUUUUAUUCUGCCUGAUAGAGGAAGAAUGAGGAAGCUGGAGAAAAGAUUGUCUUGUGAACGUUUGUCCAGGUGGAGGACAUUAGUCACAAAAAGCUCAGUAAAUUUGUAUCUUCCGAAAUUCACGCUUUAUGGGACAUACAACCUAAAAGAUAACUUAUAUAAAAUGGGAAUCAUGGAUCUAUUCACUGAUAAGGCUGACCUUUCUGGGAUCACUGGGCAGCCCCAGCACAGAAUUUCCCAGGCUGUUCAUAAGGCUGUGGUAAAGGUGGAUGAGACUGGCACCGAAGCAGCAGCUGCCACAGGCAUGGAAAUAGUGCCUAUGUCCGUUCCAGUUACUGUUAGAUUCGACAGGCCCUUCCUAAUGGUCAUAACUAUGGAGAACACUAUACUCUUCAUGGGAAAAAUUGUGAACCCUCUGAAAAAAGAUUAA